AUGGGAUUGGAAUCCGAUGGUGAGAGCACAAGUGCAGAUGAACAACUUUUCGAAUAUAUGAAGAGAAUUGGACCUUUGAAGGAUAAGAAAAAAUCAAUACAAGAAGCUUUCCACUUGCAUUCUGAAAUCAAACUUGCAAUACAACCAUCUGGUCCUGAUUCAGAAGUCACAAUUGAGAAGUUAACGGAAAUCUGUGAAAUAGUGAGUUGA